UUUCCUUUUCAAAAUUCUUUUCUCAACUAAAUUUUUUAUCGUAAAAAAUAACUAACAAAACUUUUGUCAAUAAAUUGGUUAACUAACUACAAAUGCUUACUAAAACGUUAUGAAUUAAAAAACAACCAAAAAAAAAUUUAACAAUCUCGUAAUCAUCACGUAACCACACCACGUAACUACAGCCGCCCGGCGUUUUGUAGAAGAGAUGUUGUGGUCGCAUCACCCACCACAAGAUAGGCGGUGACACACACGGCCACGCUCCUCACAAUCAUGCGUCAAUUCUUAAAAGGCAAAUAAUGUCAGAACACAAAUGUCAAAUGAGCGCACAGCACAAUUGCACAGAAUUCACCAUUCGUAAACGUAAGAAGUUCAUCUCACUGUACGUAAGAACUUAUGUAAAUAAACACAAAAACAAAAAAUGGCUUAAAUAAAAGCCAUAACUGUUGUAAACGUAAACGCGCAGGCAAACGUAAAUCGUAAACGUAACUGUAAUGUAGCCGCUGCCCGCUGCUUUGGUAAGUACCCAAGUGCUAUAUACACCUACUACUUACUGUACAGCAUUUAAGCUGCCAAUCGUCGCUUAAGCAUCGUCAAAGUGAUCGAAGAAUGUACUCGUUAAAAAGUUCAUACGAAUCGUUCAUCGUUAAAGCAUCGAAUAGCUUACUUAGAGCUCUUUUGAAGAGAAUAGCAGAAUUACAAUUUUUUGUUUUUAAUUUCAGAGCAGAAUUUUAACAUAUGGAUUAAAAAAAAAAACAAACUAAAUCUGAUUUCCUGCUAGGAAUGGCAACGCUACGAAUAUGAAUUUCUUUAUAACCACUAUUUUAUUAAGUUCUUCUUUUAAUUUUUUGCUUAAUAGGUACAUAUUGUAUUUGCAUUGCGAAAUAAGUAUAUUUUUUCUACUUCGUAAUCCACAGAUACCACCAAAUACACGCGUACGAUUGUAGAUUAAAUCAAAAAUACUAUGCGGUCAAUUUUAAUGCCUUUGCCGAGUGAAACUCCCAAAAUGUGUCUGAAUGUAUAAAAUAUUAAAAAAAAAAAAAAACGCCACAUGAAACACUAUAUCGACCAAAACACCAAUCACAACACGUUACUACAACAAAACAACGUUUUCGGGACGCACUCGAAUCAUGCUUAAAAAGCGCUUAAUUCUCAUGCCAAGUACUUACCACCACUCUGGUUGCUCGUGUCUCUCGAAUUGGCCGCUUCUUCUCCUUAUAUUUUCACUCACUUAUCGUUUGUUUGUUAAUACAUGGGGUCGAGGUCCUCGCCACGGAUCGUUAACCGGUCAGCAUCCCACCAUUAUAGACUAUCGGACGGGAUACAUAAGGUCCCAUCUUCGGUCACCAUCUGGCCGUGUGAGAUGACUGACAUGUCGCCUACUGGAUUUCUACUCAAUAAUCAGCAUCAACAUCAACAUCAAACACAUCAACAAUACGGCGGCUAUUCCACAUCGUCGGGACUGCACUCGAGCAGUCAUAGUCACAGCAGCAGUUCAACGACACGUGCACCACCAAUUGGUAGUGGUGGCGGUGGUGUCGGCGGUCGUUUGUUUCCCUACUUUGGUGGUGAACACGAGCGUGAGCGUAAAAAAUCCGAAACGUCGUUUUUCAAUUUGGGCUUUCGGCGUAAAUCGACAGUAGUUUAUUAUGCUUCCACUGAUUAGAGGAGGAUUAGCUGCAUAAGAGUGUGACGCACUGCGGUUAGGAGAGCAAGUGAAUGAUUCGAAUUUCAGACUGUAGCGAGUGGUGCGAGAGAGCAAGGAAUUAGUAGUUUUUCGUGGAAAUUAGUAGGUACUUGAUGUUCGAUGAAUGUUGAUAAUUGUGCAAGGAAACGAAAA